AUUGGUCCGCUGCCGGACGGGUGGGCGGGGCUUACGUGCGAUCCUUGGUGCGGCUGGUGGCCGGAGCGCAGAGCCGGGCUGAGCACCGGGGGAGGAUGGAUUUUCUCCUGGGUGGUGUGGCCGCCUGCGGAGCUUGCAUCUUUACCAACCCCCUAGAGGUGGUUAAGACCAGAAUGCAGUUGCAGGGGGAGCUAAAGGGACGAGGCUCCUACACGGUCCAUUACCGCAACGUCUUCCACGCCACCUACACCAUCUGGAAAACGGAUGGCGUGCUUGCCUUGCAAAAGGGGCUGAUGCCCGGCCUCCUCUACCAGUUCUGCAUGAACGGCGUGCGCCUGGGCUCCUAUGCCAUGCUGGAGUCCGCCGGCUACACCCAGACAGGAGGCCGGGUCAGCGCGGUCAAGAGUACGGUGGCCGGAGCGCUAGCCGGAAUACUGGGACCGCUUAUGGCCAGUCCCGUCUACAUGGUGAAGACACAUCUCCAAGCUCAGUCUGCAUCCAGCAUCGCAGUGGGGCAUCAGUACAAGCACCAGGGAAUGCUGGACGCCUUGGGCACAAUAUAUCAGCGACAUGGGAUGAUUGGGCUGUGGCGUGGAUCGAGCUCGGCCGUACCGAGGGUAAUGGUUGGCUCAGCUGUCCAGCUCGCCACCUUCUCCAAAACCAAACAGGUCACCAGAGACCUGCAGCUUGUCGCACCGGCCAGCCCCUUGGAGCCCCUGGUGGCUGGGAUAGUUAGCAGCCUGUUUGCUGUUUUGGCUGUCACCCCCUUCGACGUGGUCAGCACCCGCCUCUACAACCAGCCCGUGGAUCAGCAGGGAAAGGGCUUGUUCUACACCGGAAACCUGGAUUGCUUCACCAAGACCCUGAGGAAGGAAGGCUUUGCUGGCCUCUACAAGGGCACAGGGGCCUCCUUCUUCCGGCUGGGCCCACACACCGUCCUCAGCCUCUUCUUCUGGGACGAGCUGCGCAAGGUUUACUGGGAGCGGUGAUGUCACCUCGGUUACCCCUCUCACCAAGGGGGGGUAGGGGGGGCUAAGCCUGUGGGACACUGCAGUGGACUCACACUACAAGUCUGGAAGGAGAGAGGGGCUUGUUAAGGACCGAGGUGGAAGGUCUUCAGUCUUGCAGACAGAGGGCUGUUGCUGGGGUUUGAUGUUCAUUUCACAGUGGACAUGUUGCCCUUUGACCUGCAUUGUGUGCAUGUGGGGGGACAUACGUGGUAGUCUCACUGACAGUAAUGAUCGUUGGCUUGUGUCUUGAAACUCUGCGGACACUGGAAAUCCAGAGCAACGCACACAAAAUGCUGGAGGAACGCAGCAGGUCGGGCAGCAUCUAUGGAGGGGAAUAAACCAGUGCUGAUGCUUCGGCAGUGCUGGGAACUUUCAGCAGUGUCAAUGGAUAGUCCUGGAGUUAUAUGGCACAGAAACAGGCCCUUUGGCCCAAGAGGUCUAUGCUGACUCAGUUGUCUCAGUGCACUGGUCCCAUUUGACAGCAUCCCGCCCACAUCCCUCCAAACCUUAAAUAUGAGAUUAUGCAGAUGCUGGAAAUCCAGAGCAACACACACACACGCACGCAUACAAAACGCUGGAGGAACUCAUCUAUGGAGGGGAAUAAACAGUCGAGUUUCGGGCCGAGGCCCUUUCAAAGUAUUGACUGUUUAUUCCCCUCCAUAGAUGCUGUUUGACCUGCUGUGCUCACCUUGGCAAACUUGCCCAGCAGUUUUUCACAAAGAUCCUGUGGAAGGCCCUUGCCCUGAUACCUUGACUCUGUUUCUCUCCCCAGUUAUGUUGCCCGAAGACCAAUUCUGUUCUCAUUGUGGAGACCGUUAAGUGACUCAGAGGGGCAUCUGCACACUCUGAGUUUAGUUUGAAAGCAAAGUCUGAAAUAUCUAAAUCCAAGUCCCAAAAAUCAAAUGGAGAACCCUGUGGGUAAAUUGAUAUUCAAAAUCACACGUCACAAUGUGUAGUGAAGUGUGCUGUUUGCAUUAACAACCCAAGGACGUACAGGGGGCAGCUCCAAGUGUCCAUAAGACCCUUAAGGUAUAGGAGCAGGAUUAGGCUAUUCAGCCCAUUAAAUCUGCUCUGCCGUUCCAUCACGGCUGAUUUAUUAACCCUCUCAACCCACGUCCUCCGACCUCCCUGUAACCUUUGACACCCUUACUAAUCAAGAACCUAGCGUCCUCCAUUUUAAGUACACCUAAUGGCUUGGCUUACACGGCCAUCUGUGGCAAUGAAUUUCACAUGUAGUGCCCUCUGGCGAAAGAAAUUCCUCCUCAUCGCUGUUCUAAAGGGAUGUCAUUCUAUUCUGAGGCUGUGCCCUCUGGUCCUAGACUCCUCCAUGUCCACUCUGUACUCACUGCACAUUCCAGCACCGACAUAGCGAAACCCACAAUGCUUGGCAAACACAACAAGCAACUAAACAACAGCAAAACAAGCCCGUAUUCUAUAUACGCAUGCACGCACACACAGACACAACACACAGACACACACGCAGACACACACACAGAUACACACACACACAGACACACACACACAUACAGACACUCAUAUAGACACACACACACACACACACAUUCACACAGACACGCACACACACACACACGCACACAGAUACACACAGACACUCACACAUAGACACACACACACACACACACAGUCCCACUACCCCAGGACAGGUCUUCUCCAGACUCUGGUGGAGCGGCGGAUUCAUAGACAUUUCAGGCUUCUACUUUCCCAGUGGAUUCUGGUAUUCAGAACUCUAGCCAUCGGAACUGGACCUCUGGACUGCUAUGUGCGGUUACAGCCACGUGGUUGGCUGUGAGGACGCAGAUCUCCCUGAGAGAAAAUCUGGGAAGACUCCUGCGCAACUUUCCAAUGUGGUGAGACAUUUGAGGAAGACGGGUUCCCAACCCUCUAUUUUAAUUGUUGCCGUAGUUCCUCUCUGCGCCUUGUGGCACAUCGGGCAGCAUUUUGCUGUUUCUUUAGCAUUUGUCCUGGGACUGCUUGCCUCGAAGUCUGGUGGAAACGCCACCACACCAAUACCAUUAAGCAAGGGGUCUGUGGGCUCCAGGCUGGGAACUCGUAGCUUAGCAGAAUAAGGAGGACACCAAGCGUGAAGCUUGUUCAAAUGUCAGGAGCAGAAAAAUUGUUGAAUUUAGAAUUGUCUGAUACCUCAGACGAUUAUUUAGACAUCUUGACUGUAAUGUCCAACCGGUAAUGGAUGUCUCUCAGAAAUGUAAAAUAUAAAAGAAGUUUAGUUAUUAAACAUUUAUAUAUUUUAAAAAAAUUGGUGGUGUUGGUUUUUAUUUUAACAAAGCUCACACUGAUCUGUGCAGUUAGCAGCU